AUGUGGAAUGAUGUUCCAAUGUUGGACAAAAUACAUAACGAAAUACAGAUGUAUGGUUGUGAUCCCUCCCAUCGAUCAAAUGCCGCUCAAGGUUUAAUCAAGGUUCUCAGUGAGCUGAAAGAUCAGCAGCAGUGGCCGGAGUCGCGGGGAUUGGGAAAACAAAAGAUUGUUUAUGACUGGGCCACGGGGAAAAUAUUCCAACAAUUCCAGUUUGUCUUUAGUUUCAAAUUCCGGGAGUUAAACUCCAUUAACUGCAGAACAAACCUGAGGGAACUGAUUCUGGAUCAGUAUCCUUACUUUGGGAAUUUCCUGAGAGAUGUCUGGAAGAACCCACAGGGAUUGUUGUUCAUAUUCGAUGGUUUGGAUGAAUUCAAACACAGAAUCUAUUUUGCAGACAAAUGGAGAGAUACAGAACCUAAGCACCAGUGUCCAGAUCCCGAGUGCUGGUGUGAAGUGUCGGACAUUGUGUACAGUUUAAUCCAGGGCAAGCUGCUCCCAGGGUGUUCGGUGCUGGUGACCACCCGCCCCACUGCGUUACAGUUAUUGGAAAAGGCAGAUAUCAGGGUCUGGGCAGAAAUCCUGGGAUUUGCUGGUGAGCAAUGGAAGGAAUAUUUCAUGAAGCAUUUUGAUGAUCAGACGGUGGCGGCAGCUGUUUUCAAACACGUGAAGGAGAACGAGAUCCUGUAUACCAUGAGCUACAACCCCUCCUACUGCUGGAUCCUCGCACUUGCACUCGGCCCUUUCUUCACACAAAGAGACAGGGACCCACAGCAAAUUCCCAAGACCAUCACUCAACUGUAUUCCUACUAUAUUUACAGCAUCCUGAAAAACCACAGCCGUGAGAUUGAGAACCCCCGUGAUGUGUUACUCAGGGUUGGUCAGAUGGCCUUCAGAGGAGUGUCCGAUAAGAGAACUGUGUUUACAGAUGGAGAUUUCAACAACUACAAUCUACAGCCUUCCCAGAUCCUGUCUGGGUUCCUGAUGGAGCUUUUGGGGAGAGAGGAUUCUGCCCAGUGCGUGGUGUACACAUUCCCACACCUCACCAUCCAAGAGUUUACAGCUGCAGUCGCACAAUUCCUGACUAUACAUCCCGAGGAUAUCCUGAAAUUCCUCACUGAAGCCCACAAUACGACAGAUGGGCGAUUCGAGGUAUUUCUCCGUUUUGUUGCUGGUCUCUCCUCCCCAUUGACAGCUCGGGGUCUGGAGGAGUUUCUGGGUCCAUUUCCUCAUGAAACAACCUGUCGGGUGAUGGACUGGGUGAAGGAGGAGGUUAAACGCCAGAGUGAAAACACAUCGAGUGAAGCUGGUAAAAGGAGGCUCCUGAACACAUUUCACUACCUGUUUGAGUCUCAGAAUCGUGAACUGACUCAGACCGCACUGGGAUCUGUGGAAGAACUUUCAUUCAGUGAAAUGACACUGAUCCCAGUUGACUGCGCGGUCCUGUCUCAUGUUGUCAGACUCUGUGAUACAAUAAAACGUCUCGACCUGUCGUACUGCCACAUUUUGUGUGAGGGAAUCCAGCAGCUGGGACCCUGGCUGCACAAGUUCCAGGUAUUGAGUCUUGGACGGAAUGACCUGGGAGAUUCAGGAGUGAAACUGGUGUCUGCGGCUGUUGGGAACCCGGAGUGUAAAAUACAGACACUGAAUCUGAACCAUGUCGAACUUACAGAUUCUGGUGCUGAGGAUCUCGCCUCCGCUCUCAGUACAAACCGAUCACUGAUAGAGCUGGACCUGGGAUGGAACCCGCUCACAGACCAGUCGGUCCACGCUCUCCGCCGGCUCAUAUUGACCCACCCGAGUCUGGAGCAGAUCAUGCUGGCAGUGAAUAACUUCAGUGGGACUGGGGAGAAUGAACUGGAGUCUCUACAGGAGUCUAGACCCGGACUGAGAGUGUACCUGUAAACGUCUGAAUGUGUGAAUAUACCCGUCCACAAGAUGGAGACAAUUUGGCCGAUACCCCCUCCCCCUUUUAACUCCCUCCCUUAUCUUUCCGCACUCCAGAAGCAAUUCGCAAGGUUUCAGAAAUGACCCUGGAUCUGCGGUGAUCUGGGACACGGCCCUGAAGUGUGAUUUGAUAAUCAUCAGCUCCGUGAUGCAGAGUGACAGUGAGAAACGGGACUGAUUAUUCAAACUGCCCCUGGUUGUCGCCGGUCAGUUAAUUGUGUGUGACUGUGAGUGAGUCGGGACCAGCUUAUUUAUUCCCGCACGUCAGCAGCUCACAAAUCGUUUAAUUUACAUUUGUCGAUGAAAUCAAUAAACCACUGUAACAUCCUG